AUCUAACCCAACUUGACCUGUUUAAUCCGAAGACGAGUUAACCUAGCGUGUCAAGGAAGCAAGCGUGAAAAUCGAAGAGGCCUCGCGUGAACAUCGUGAAUAUAAAUAAUCGUUGGUGAAUGUAUAACGCAAGAUCGCUGAGUAAAUUACUAAUCGGAAAAAAUUACAGCUUAUUUCGUUGGCAAAACAUGAGUAGCAGUGAAGUAAUGAGUAGGCCUGUGGAGAGUUCUAUCAGGAAGAAACUAGAAACUGGGCUGGAACCGCAGCACUAUGAUGUCAUUAAUGAGUCUUACAUGCACAACGUACCCAAAGGCACAGAGUCACAUUUCAAGGUUAUAGUUGUUUCUGAGAAAUUUGACAAACAGCCGCUCCUCAAGCGACACCAGAUGAUAUAUGACUUGCUGCAAACGGAAAUGGAAGAACACAUACACGCUCUGUCAAUAGUAGCAAAGACACCAGAGCAAUGGACAGCCAGUAACAAAACGGUAGCAGCGAGUCCCGCUUGCAGAGGUGGCUUCGGAAAAUAAUAUUCAAUAGCGUUUAAUGAUUAAUUAAGAAUAAUAACGUAGAGCGCAAGAAAAACUUACGCGGCAUAAGUAUCACAACAAAAACGUAUCUCGCUGACAUUUACAUAUGAACAAUGUUUUGCACUUGUUGAAUAAAAUCAUUGCAUAUGAUGUUUCUUACGCAAUUAAACAAAACAUCAAAUAACGUGUAAAAAGUGAAAAGUUUUUCUUGCUUUAAUAUCUCCGUUAUAUGUCUCAAAUUUCUUACGGCGAAAAUCCAACUUUAUUCGGGAAAAGUCACUUUGCUAAGCACUAAGGAAUUGACGAAAACAAUGUAAUAUACGUAAAAUGGUGGAGGUUUAACAUACUUUUCGAAAAAUUUUCGUUUAAAAUAAUGUGUGAAGGAAUUUAAUUUAAUAAAAAUGAAAUUGACCUUA